UCGUUGAAAACACAAACAAAACCAAACAUUCUUUCUUCUCUUUCUGUUCUUCUCUCUUCUCCGUCUCGGUUCGGGUCUACUGGUGAUACAGCGCAGAUACAGGUCGCCGCCCGCCGCGCGCGUCGCGCGGGUCGUAACGUACCCUAACGUCGUAACGCUUCAAAUGAAAGCGUUAAGGCCGCUGUUAGUGAGCUCCUUCUGGACCUUGACGUCCGCGUCGAGCGCCACGCCGACGGGGCCGAGGUUCACAUGCACGGGCCGCGGGUAGCACGGCUCGUCCACGCUGCCGCGUCGGGAUCCGGGCUUGGAGUUGGGCGCGGAGGUGGCUUGUUUCGCGUGGAUAUCGUGCGAGAGCCCGAUGCCGAAGUCGACGGUGUCGUCGCACUUGCGGUCGGACGGCGCGCCCGCGAUGGAGAGACCGAGCUUGCCGACUUUCUUGCACUCGUCCGUGAUGGUCAUGCUGAUCGCUUUGGGGUUAACGUGAAGCGGUAUCGCGUCGGGGCGCGUGAGGGUGUAGAGCGUGCGUUCGAUGAUGAAGCGCGUGCGGAAGGAAUUGAAGACGUAGAAACGCCUUCUCGCUUUUGA